AUGGCUCUCGAGUCUUUCGUCUUUAGAAUUCCAAAUUCACUAGGGACACUUGAGAAUCUAAGAUUCCUGUAUCUUUCAUAUAACAAAUUAUGGGGUUCACUCCCAAAUUCAAUUGGAAACUUAUCCUCGUUGCAAUAUCUGAAAGCCUCCUAUAAUCGGUUCAAUGGAACUAUACCUCCAAGUUUUGGGCAGCUUUCAAAACUUAUUGAAUUUUCUAGUAACGAAAAUUCGUGGCAAGGGAUCAUCACAGAAGAUCACUUGGUGAAUUUGACAAAGUUGGAAUCCCUUCAGAUUUAUACAAACAAAAAUCAAUCCUUGAUAUUUUCUAACGUGUCAUAUGAAUGGAAUCCUCCUUUUAGGCUCAAGACACUUUAUUUGAGGAAAUGCAUCAUUGGCCCUCAAUUUCCAAUUUGGCUUCAAGUUCAAACUCAACUUGCUGGUGAUGUCAUUAUCUCAGAUGCUGGGAUUCGUGGUCCUAUACCAAAUGAGUGGGUUUCUAAACUGUCCUCUCAAAUCACCGGCUUGGAUCUAUCCUACAACUUGCUUGAAGGAAAGUUAGCUGACCUACUGGCUCCUCAACACCCAAAUUAUGAUCUCCCUGAGGAUUCAACACCAAUUAGGUAUCCUAAUCUAACCUUUCUAUAUCUUGAUGGAAAUUUGUUAUCAGGGUCUAUACCUUCAAAUAUUGGUGAUUUGAUGCCCAAUUUGGAACAACUAUAUUUGUCGGAGAAUCGUCUCAACGGUACAAUUCCAUUGUCCAUUCAAAAUAUGAGUAAUUUUGGAAUAAUUUCAUUACCAGACAAUCAACUAUCAGGAGACCUGUUAGAUAUUUCUUGGGGUAAGUUUAAAUCAUUAGAAGUUAUUGAUUUGGCCAACAAUAAUCUAUAUGGGAAGAUUCCAAGCUCAAUAGGGUUUUUGACAUACCUCAAAACAUUAAGGUUAAGCAACAAUCAUCUCCAUGGAGGAAUUCCCAAAUCUUUGCAUAACUGUUCAGACCUCAGGAGCAUUGAUCUUAGUGGAAAUAGACUAUACGGAAGCCUUCCUUUGUGGAUAGGACUAGAUGUGUCAAAAUUGUGGUUGCUGAAUCUUCGAUCAAACCAUUUCAGUGGAACUAUCCCAUCACAGUUGUGCAAUCUUCGAUGGCUUCGGCUACUAGAUCUCUCAAACAACAAUAUUUCUGGAGGAAUUCCAAGUUGUUUGAAUAAUUCAGAACCUUUAGUUUCUGAAAGGUCCAUUAGUGCCAAUGAAUUGUACCUCAUGACUCAUAUUUUUAGCCACAACUAUCACUUUCGAACAGAGAAAACAACACUGGUCAUGAAAGGAAGAGAGGAUGAAUAUAGUGUCAUUCUCAAUCGUGUUCUGACAAUAGACCUUUCAAGAAAUAAGUUGAGUGGUGAGAUUCCAAAUGAGAUAACAAAUCUUCGUGGUCUAGUUGCUCUAAACUUGUCCAAUAAUGAUCUUGUUGGUAGCAUUCCAGAAAAUAUUGGAGCCAUGCAACAGUUAGAAACACUUGAUCUCUCCUGCAACCAUCUCUCUGGAAAGAUUCCAACCAGCAUAGCUUCUUUAAAUUUUUUGGCACACUUGAAUCUGUCAUUCAACAAUUUGACUGGUCGAGUACCCACUGGCAAGCAGCUCCAAACACUGAAUGACCCCUCCAUUUAUGAAGGCAACUCUCUAGAAACCAAGAGCUCGGGAGACGAAAAUGCAAAUACAGGCAAUGUUCUUAUUUUGGGUAUUAAAGAUGGUAAGGAAAAUGAAUCCGAAAUGUUUGGCAUCUUUAUCAGCAUGGCAAUUGGCUUUCCUGUUGGCCUCAACAUCUGGUUUUUCACCAUUUUCACAAAUGAAUCACGGAGAAUAUUGUACCUGCGUUUUAUAGAUCGUAUCAGCUACGACAUACUCGAAAAAAUCGGUUUUGUUGUAUCAUGCACCAGAAAGAUGAGAAGGAGAAGAAGUUAG